GAGGUGCAGAUGAGUACUCUACAACAAUAACUGUUUAUUAACUGUUUUAUGGUUAUUAAUAAGUCUGUCUCGGUCAGAUUACGAUGUCGGUGUUUGAAUGCGUGGACAAACGCACGAUUGAUUUGAUGUAGCAUGAGGAUGUCGUGCAACUUCGUGGCUUUUUUUGUAACGUUACAUUCGUGCUAAUACAACCGCAAGUUUGCAUCUCAAGAGGACUUUAAGCAGGAUGUCACGACCAAUGGCAGACAGUCACAGGCGCUUCUUGCAGACCAUGAUGAGCAAUGGCAUCAUCAGUGCAUCUCAGGCUGAAGCGCUACACAAACACUGCUGUGAGACCCAUGGAGCACACUAUGUGGCAGACCGAUUAGAUGAUUUCAUUAAUGUCAUCAAUGCUCACCUUCAGCCAUUGUUCAUGUACAUCAGGAAAGGCAUGUCUGAAGAGAAUGGACUCGAGUAUUAUGCCUUGGUAAACAUGACAGAGACAGACAUAACAAGAAUGGCGUCUGAUUAUGCAGAUAAUGAACUGGAAUUAUUCAGGAAAACGAUGGAUCUGAUUGUGGACUCUGAGAGCGGUUCUGCUUCCUCCACUGAUAUUUUAAAUUGUGCCGACAGCCUCCGGACAAAGAAACUGAAGAAAAAAGAAACCGAGCAAGUCUUAAACAAAUUUGUCCAGGACAAAUGGUUAAAUGAGAAAGAUGGUGAAUACACUCUUAGUGUCCGCUGUGUUCUGGAGAUGGAACAGUAUAUGCGCACAAUCUACCAGGAUCUCAUCAAAGUGUGUCAUGUGUGCCACAACAUUGCCCUGCAGAGCCAAAUGUGUGAAAACCCAACAUGUGGAAUCAAGAUGCACCUCCCGUGUGUUGCUAAAUAUUUUAGAGCACGCAGUGACCCUCAUUGCCCAUCAUGCAAUGAUUUCUGGCCUCACGAGAUUCCAGAAAUGCAGCGUUUCCAGUCACAGAGUUCACAAAAUCUGCCUUCGUCAUCUAAAGAGAACACUGCUCCCGCACCGUCGCGCCGGUCCAGAAGGUCGUAAUCUCAAAGCCUGCUGGUCCUGCAGCUGUUAUGGGGAUAAUUUCAAGUGCUUUCUCUUAAGAUUCUAAUAUUGUUUUUACAUGUGUUUUCUAUUAUUAAAGUAUUGUUAUUGAAUAA